UGCUACUGCAGGCCUCUCUGCUGAGAACAGCCUUGAGGAAGCCAUCUUCCCCACCCAAGACCAGACCAUGGCUGACUGGCCUCCUGCAACCUGAGGAUGGCCCAGCCAGUGGACAAGGCCACUGCAGCACCCAUCAAUGGGGAGAGGCUGACCUCAUCACAGGUGAAUGGAGCAGGCGAGACCCCCCUAGGGGUCCUCAGGACCUCAGAACCACUCCAUCGCCUAAAGAGAACUUGGGGCGUGUGGCAGAUCCCAGAGCUGGACGCCCAGAAUGCAGAGGCCCUUCUGGAACCGUGGCCACCGGGGAGUUUCCUGGUCACAGGACAUGGCCCCAGCCAGGUCUUGGUGUUGAGGACAGGACACUUACGAGGGGAAGUCAACAGCUACAAGAUCCAGAAGCUUUUCGGAGGUAUAUCUCUGGAAUCCUCUAACCUCUGCAUGCCCGAUCUGCCCCAUCUCCUGGCCUUCCUAUCAGCCAGCAGAGAUGUUUUGCCCAGAACACUGCUCUUACCUCCUCCCACUCUAGGGCCUGAGGAGCAACACAAAGACCCUCCGCAGAUUGGCAGGGUCCAACUCCACACCUUGGGGAGGGCCCUCUCCGUGGUGAACCAGCUCUACUUGAAGACCCACAGAGGGUGGGGGGUGGAGCAGACUCUCCCAGAGACGGCCCCAGAGACGGCCCCAGAGACGGCCCAGAGACACGGUCCAGCCCCCAGGAACCGCGCCCCUCACCGCGUCUCCUGGGUGGAAGGCCAGCUCAGCCCGGAAGGGCACCACCCUGGGCCAGCUCUGCCCAACCUGGUGGAGGAGGAGGAGGAGGAGAACGAGGACAAGGACGAGGACGACUUCCAAGAUGAAGAGGAGGGCCCUGAAGACGCGCUCACCCUUCACAUCCGGGCUCUGGUCAGGGCCCGGAGCAGCUACGUGGCCCGGCAGUUCCGGGGCCUCCGGGCGCGCCUCACCUCAGACGCUAGGGGCCCCCACAGGCCUGGGGACCCGACCACCGAGCUGCUUCAGGAUGUGCGGCACCUCCUUACCGACCUUCAGGAUUACUUGGCAGAGGACCCCUAUGUCCGGGCUGUCUUUGGGAGCAGGGGGCCUGGGGUCCCCCAGAAGGAGGAGGAUCUUGGCCCCGCGGUGGAGGCGGCCGUGUGCCGGGCGGUGCUGGCGCCCCUGAAGCCUGCCCUGUGGGCCCGACUCCGCACCCUCCGCGCCUCGGAACUGGAAAGACUGCGGCGGCGACAAACAGCCCUGCGGGAGGAGGCGGGGCCUCCGGGAGCUUCGGGGGUGGGGCCUGAGGCGCAGGGCCCCGCCCUGCGGAGCCGCAUCCAUGCGCGCCUCGCGCACCUCCACGCCGCGUGCGUCCCGCGCCGCAAGGUGGCUGUCCUGCUGGCAGUGUGCCGUGACGUCUACGCCGGCCUGGCGCAAGGCGAAAACCAAGAGCCCCUAGGGGCGGACGCUUUCCUGCCGGCGCUGACAGAGGAACUGAUCUGGAGUCCAGACAUUGAAGAAACGCAGCUGGACGUGGAGUUUCUUAUGGAGCUCUUGGAUCCGGACGAGCUGCGGGGAGAGGCCGGGUACUACCUGACCACAUGGUUUGGGGCGCUGUACCACAUCGCCCACUACGAGCCGGAGGCAGGCCGCGCGCCGCAGGAGCUCAGCUCCCAGGCCCGCGCCUCCCUGCACCAGUGGCACCGCAGGCGGACGCUGCACAGACAGGACCCUAACGAAGCCCAGGCCGACUUGCCCUUUGAUGAGCAGUGGGGAGUGAAGACUGUGCCCGGGGAAAGCUGACGGGUGGGGGUCUCGGAUCUCUCUGUUCCUAAAGCAAGACGGGGAAGGAUCCUGGGACUACACCGACUUCAGACCCCUGCGGUUUAGGGGCAACACUGGGGUCUCAGAAAAAGGAAAUACCCACCCCUGGGCCUUUGCACUGGCUGUUCCUGCUUCCUGGAAUGCCCUUCCCUAAUAUCCACCCCACUCCCUCCCUCCCUUUCUUAAGGUAUUUAUGCAGGUGUCACCUUCUCAGUGAGCUCCCAGCCCCCCAGUCCACCAACCCCUCUCACUUGGCCCUCCCCCCCACAUACAGAUGUCUGUGUUCUCAGCCCUGUAACCUCUAAAUAAAUAGGUUAUCUUACAUGGAAAAAAGACUUUGCAGAUAUGAUUAAGGAUCUUGAGAUGGAGAGAUUAUGUUGUAUUAUCCAGAUGGGCCAAAUGGAAUCACAAGAGUCCUUGUAAGAGGGAGGCACAAGUAUCAGAGUCAGAGGAGAUGUGAGGAUGGAAGCAGAGGUCAGAGUGGUGGGACCAGUAGCCAAGGAAUAUAGGUAGCUUCUAGAAGCUGGAAAAGGGAAGGAAUGGAUUUUCCCCUAGAGCCUCCAGAAGGCAAGUGGCCUUUGAUUUUAGCCCCUUUCCAGAUUGCUAGAGCUGCUGUUAUGCAAAAUACCAGAAAUGGAUUGGCUUUUAUAAGGGGAAUUUAUUAGGUCAAAAAUUUACAGUUCUAAGGCCAUAAAAUUGCCCAAACUCAGGCAUCAACAUGAGGAUACCUUCACUGAAGGAAGGCCUAUGACGUCCGGAACACCUGUCAGCUGGGAAGACACGUGGACGGCAUCUGCCGGUCCUCUGCUCCUCCAGGUUCUGGUUUCAAAAUGGCUUUCUCCAAAAUGUCUCUGGGAUUCUGUCUCUCUUAGCUUCUCUCUCUCAGCUCUCUGCUUAGUUCUCCUGGGGCAUUCCUCUCUAAGCAUCUGGGGUUCCUUGCUUAGCUUCUCCGGUGCAAACUCUGGCCUUCAUCUCUUAGCUUGGCAUCUCCAAAUAUCUGUCUGCAUCUCCAAACUUCUCCAAGUGUCCCCAAGCAUCAGCGUCUGUGUUGACCCUGAACACUCUUAAGUACUCCAGUGAACUAAUCAAGAUCCACCCUGAAUGGGCAGGGCCACACCUCCAUGGAAAUAAUCUAAUCAAAAGGUGAGUCACAUCUCCAUGGAAACAAUCAAAAGUUUCCAUCCAAC